AUGGAAGUCCGCUGCAAACUGUUCAUGGGAACACUCAAGAAGGCGGCGCUUGAUUGGUUUAGUGGCCUCCCUGACCGAUCGAUCACCGACUUCGAUGUCUUCAGUCGGCUCUUUAUGGCACAGUUCACCGCUAACAAGAAGAAGCCUCCGAUCACGUCAGAUUUGUUCGAUCUCAAGCAGCAGCGGGAAGAAUCACUGAAGGACUUUUUGCAAAGGUUCAAUGAGAUCGCCUUGAGGAUAGCAUCCCUGGAUGAAAGGAUGGCUGUCAUCGCAUUCCAGAAGGGCCUGAGGUCUGGAGCUUUCGACAUUGCGCUGGAAAGAGCAAAUUUCCAGACGAUGUCGGAGGUAAGAGCCUUUGCGCUGAGUCACAUUAAAACAGAGGAAGGGCAGAUCAGCAAGAGGGCAACGGAGAGCAGAGAAGCAGGGGGAAGCGGUAAGGAUGGCAACAAACAUCUCCGACCACGGUCGGAUUGGAAUAAGCGACACGAUCGUUACAACACGAAGGAGGUCAAUUACCGACUGGCCGAUAGGGGAGGUCGGCCUACGGGUGAGUGGACACGUACUAACGACGAAGAGAAGUUUACCCCGCUCAACGUCCCUAGGAGGCAGAUACUCCAUGAUGUCAACAGCGCAGCGUUGUUCGAAUUCCCAGUAACAACGGAGCGCCAAUUGGGUCCCUUCAAGACCGACUGGUGCGAGUUUCACACGACUCACGGGCAUUCUACCAAAAAUUGCUUCGUCCUUGGAAGACAGAUUGAACGCUUGAUCAAGGAGGGACGCUUGAAAAAAUUUGUAGCGAAAAAACUGGAAGUGGGCUCGUCAGAUAGGCGACACAGGCGUGCGCAGGACGAUACAAAGAGGGACAGGCAUAGAGAGAGAACUCCCCCAAGGACAUUCCAGCAAGUUCGUCGGAGACCCAUCAGCAGGUAG